AUGACUCCCUUUUGCACUGUGCCUUUGUGGGACUGGAAUUAUACCUGGUACUCGGAAUACCCAAGGCUUACACCGUGCUUCGAGUCUACAGUUCUUGUUUACACGCCAGCAACUGUUCUUGUGUCCUUCGCCCUUGUCCCGUGUCUGGUGGGACGAUGGCAAAAGCAAUCCCUUUACUGUGAGCCACUCUCCUGGACUCCAUUGUGUCUGUUCAAGUUUGUCGCCAGUCUUUUGUUGACCCUUACUUACUUUAUCUCGCUCGCAUACAGACUGGUCCUUGGGGCAUACAACGGAUCAUCGGUGACGGCAGAUGUUGUACAUAUAAUCACCUUCACGAUCACAAUGCUCAUUCAGGAGACUGAUCGAAAGAACGGAAGUGGAUCUUCGAUGGGGCUGUUUUUCUUUUGGUUGCUAACCGUUCUCUGCAAGUUUCCUGAGUGCUUCCGGCGCAUACUGGAAGCCUUUGCGUCGCUCGGCGACCCUCCUGACUUCCAGGAACUCGAAUUUUACGCUUGUGUUAUAGCGUAUCCUAUCGUUCUUUUGCAGUUCUUGCUGUCAUGUGUGACAGACGUCAGACAAGACACAAGACGACCCUACCUCACUGCUCCACCUGUGUCUUUCAUUUUCUUUGGUUGGGUGUCACCUCUCAUACUUAGAGGGCCACGAAGAUGUCUUCAGGUUGAAGAUAUCUACAGCAUACCACAAGACAUGAUGACUCAGCGAAACCAUAGUAAAUGGAGUGCACUUUGGAGAAAGGAACUGCGAUCUUCUGGAUACGUAGCGGAAGCUGGAUCCUGUGAUGUCUCCAAACCGCUGCCUUCAAUGUUCAAGCCAAUCUGGAAAGCAUAUUGGAAGCCUCUGGCAAUUUCGGUAAUUUUUUCAACGUUGGGAGCCGUACUAAAAAUAAUUCCAUCCUUAUUGUUGCACCUUCUUUUGGAUUUUAUGGUUGGAACCGAUCCUAAGUGGAAAGGAGUCUUGUACUCCCUCGGUAUAGUGAGCGCCAAUUUUACGUCGCGCCUUCUUGGCGUUCAUGUCGACAUGAUUCUGUCGUUUAUUGGUCUAAAUGCAAAAACCGUCAUGGUGGCGGCCAUUUACAGAAAGACACUUAUGCUUUCUAGCGAGUCGCAGAUCAACUACACAUUGGGGGAUCUGGUUAAUUUGAUUUUCGUGGAUGCCGAUCGGCUUUACCAACUCAGUGUCGUCUCAUCUUAUGGGGUCACAGGAGUGCCUAUGAUCAUAAUCGCGGUUAUACUUCUGUGGCAAUACCUUGGAGUGGCCUGCCUUGCUGGCGUCGCUGUUAUGCUGGUCAUCAUGCCUAUAGGAGCCCUCGCGGUUACCAUCGGGAACAAGUACCAAGCAGGUCAUAUGAAGCUUAAAGAUAAGAGGCUCGAAGUUGUGGCAGAAAUGCUAAGCAGUGCGAAGCUUCUCAAACUGUUUGCCUGGGAAAACAUUUUCAUUGACAAGUGCACGACCUCGCGGUUAAAAGAAAUGGAUUUUCUCAAGAAAUAUUCUUGCGUGACAGCGGUGAGUACCUGCAUUCUUACAUGUUCGACAGCGAUGGUUUCUUUCGCUAGCUUCGUAACCUACGUGUUGACCAGCAACGAUCACGUUCUUGACCCGAGCACUGCGUUUGUGUCGAUGGCACUGUUCAACAAUAUGCAGUACCCGAUAUUUAUAAUUCCAGACAUUAUUUCUAAGGUGGUUCAGACGAGCGUUUCAAUGAUCAGGAUACGAAAGUUUCUGCUCUCCUCCGAAGUAGAUGACUGUUCCGUGGGAAGACGACCGGAUGAGGGUUACGCUGUCUCAGUAAGGAAUGCAUCACUUUCCUGGUCAAAAGACAAAGCCCCGGUCUUGACCAACAUUAACCUGACCGUCAAAAAAGGUCAACUGGUCGCAGUUGUGGGAUCCGUGGGCUCGGGCAAGUCGACCUUGCUGUCCGCAUUUUUGGGAAACCUUCGAGUUUUCUCGGGAUCUGUGAGCUGCACAGAAAGUGUGGCGUAUGCCCCUCAGUGCCCUUGGAUCCAAAACAAAACCAUAAGAGAAAAUGUGCUUUUCAUGGGUGCCUUUGAUGCCAAACUGUACGAGUUGGUUUUGAAGGCGUGUUCGCUUGAGAAAGAUUUAGAGAUUCUGCCGUGUGGAGACCUGACGGAAAUCGGGGAGAGAGGGAUCAACUUAAGCGGUGGUCAGAAGCAACGGGUUAGUCUCGCAAGAGCCGCGUACCAGAAGAAGGAACUUUAUCUUUUGGAUGACCCACUAAGCGCAGUGGAUGCUCAUGUCGGGGCUUCUCUCUUCAAGAACCUCAUCGGACCGCAAGGACUGCUGAAAGAAACCACAAGAAUCUUGGUCACCCACAACUUUUCGAUGCUCAAUGAAGUCGACUACAUCUUCGUCCUCCAGGAAGGCUCAAUCGUUGAGUCUGGUACCUUUGAAGGCCUUAAACAAGAAGGAAGUGUUUUCUCCAGAUUGUUGCAAAACUUUUCCAAAAAAGUGAAGAAAUUGACAGAGAACGAGGAUCUAUUGGCAUAUCAAGACACAGCGACUGUACUGGAGAAAAAAGGAUUGGAGGCGACCUUUGUGAAAAGAGAAAUAACGAAGGAGGGUUCAAUCAGUCUCCAGGUAUACAGAACUUAUAUAAGGUACGCUGGGCCUUCGUUAAUAAUCGUGGUUUUGUGUUACGCCAUUUACAUAGCACUCGAUACGUACAUUGCCAUUUGGCUGUGUGAAUGGACCAAUGAUUCACUUUUUUUUAACGGAAACCAGUACAUAUCGAAGCAAAGAUAUAGGAUCGAAGUUUACAUCCUCCUUUGUGCUGUCCAGGCGAUUGCUACUUUCCUCGCAGUCAUAUCCUUGUGGAGGGUGGCGCUCACAGCCUCCACAAGGCUUCAUGAAUCGACACUCCACGGUGUGAUGAGGGCCCCGUUGUCCUUUUUUGAAACCAAUCCGUCCGGUCGCUUAUUGAACCGCUUCAGCAAGGACGUUGACCAGCUUGAUCUACAACUUCCAACAGCAGGUCAUAAUACACUCGAUUUGUUGUUUCUUCUGGCAUCAUCAAAUUUACUCGUAUGCAUAAAUAUUCCAAUGUACAUCCUGGUCGUCGCUGCUGUUAUGGUUUUCCUGUUUGUUCUCCGUCAAAUGUUCGUGGCUCUAUUUCGUGAUGUGAAGAGACUUGAGACCGUUUCGCGUUCUCCUGUUAACAGCCACUUUUCAGAAACAGUAGCGGGCUUGAGUAGUGUCAGGAGCUAUGACGUUCAGGGUAUUUUCCUUCGAGACAAUGACGACAAGAUUGACAAUAUGCAAACUUGUACUGUGAACUGCCUUUUUGUUUUGUACUGGAUACAAGUCUGGUUGGAAAUUGCUAGUGAAGUGCUUUUGUUUUCGAUGCUGUUGCUACUCGUUCACAGUCGUGACAAUAUUGGAGCGGGAACAGCUGGCCUUCUGGUGUCGUACUCACUGAAUUCUUUGUUCGCGUUCACAUACUUUGUUUUGUACUCAACUGAGUUUGAGGCCUCUUUAAUAUCAGCCGAACGUUUAGAUGAGUACAGUCGUCUCACUCCCGAAGCGCCUUGGGUGUCCCACGUCAGACCGGACCCGCAGUGGCCCGCGUCGGGUGCUGUGUCUUUUAAGUCUUACUCGACUCGGUACAGGCAGGGUUUGGACCUGACUCUCAGGGAUGUAGAUCUCUACGUCAGGCCCGGUGAGAAAAUAGGAAUCGUAGGACGAACGGGCGCCGGUAAGUCAACACUAGCCUUGAGCCUCUUUCGUAUCAUUGAGGCAGCAGCAGGAAAGAUUGUAGUGGAUGACGUGGACAUUGCAGCACUAGGACUACAAGACCUCCGUUCUAGAAUAACCAUCAUACCCCAAGAAUCAUUUCUUUUUCGUGGUACUCUGCGGUUCAACCUUGACCCAGCCGGGCAGCAUGAUGCUGAAGAGUUGUGUUCGGCACUGAAAAAAGCUCACCUCGGAGAUGCCUUCAGGAAAGGUGGUGGUCUAGACUUCGAAAUCUUAGACGGUGGAAAAAACCUCAGCGUGGGACAGAGGCAGCUGGUUUGUCUAGCGAGGGCUGUGUUAAGAAAGGCGAAAAUACUUGUCCUUGACGAAGCCACUGCAUCUGUGGACAUGAAGACAGACUUGCUCGUUCAGCAGACGUUGAGAGACCUGAUGAGUGGUUGCACUGUCCUGACUAUAGCUCAUCGUCUUGACACUGUUCUCAAUUCGGAUCGCAUUGUUGUGCUGGAUCAAGGAAGGGUGAUUGAAGUAGGUAGUCCGGCAGCAUUAUUAGCUGAUUCAAAAUCGUCCUUCCACGCUAUGGCUCGUGAAGCCGGAGUUGCAGAGUCUGGGUUGCGUGCUGCUAGCGCAGAUCUUGCUCCAACUGGACAAGCUGAGUCUCUUGCCGGAUAG